AUGUCCUUGUGGAUGCGUGCGGACAUUGUAACGCGUGAGGAGGACGCAGGAGCUCAGAUGCGUUUCACUUUGUGCUCUGAGAAGACGUCAGGAUGCUCCGAAACUGUCAAGAGUGACAUUUAUUUUGAAGCCACCGUCUCCACGUUUCCGGUCCUCUUCCUGUUCACUCGACUGACUGAAGACCACAAGAUGAGUGUUUGUGAGGAGAGAGAGGAGGACGGACCAGAGUCUCCACAGUCCAGCUGUCUGUCUAUGAAGAGUGACCGGUCCAAAGAUCCUCCCUGGAACUUCAGUAAUGAACCUGGACCCUCAGACACAAAAGGUCAGUAUCACAGGCAGACAGCAGAGUCCCCAGGAUCCAGCUGUUUGUCUAUGAAGAGUGAGGAGUCCAUGGGAAAACCUCCACACUUCAGUGAUGGACCCAGAGACACAAAGCUCAAUGGUGGCAGAUGCGACCACCUAGUUCAACAGCGGUCCUGGUGUUCUUUGUGUCAGUACGUCCUGAAGGACCCAGUCUCUACCAGCUGUGGACACAGGUUCUGCAGACAGUGCAUCGCCUCAUACUGGGACCAGUCUGCUUCAUCAGGAGACUCCUCCUGUCCCCAGUGUGGAAAAAGAUCCAGAGCAACACCUGGACUGCAGCCAGACAGUCAGACCAGCACUGUACAAUGGAAUGUUGCUCUCUGCAAGGUUUUAGAUGAACAAAAGACCUGUCUGAGUGGGAGAUAUGAACGUGUGACUCAAGGAACUGAUGAAGCAAAAAGUAAAACUGUCCUCAACCGCAGCUACACUGAGGUCUACAUCACAGAGGGACUGAGUGAAGAGGUUAAUACCCAACAUGAGGUGAGGCAGCUUGAGGCAGAUUCCAAGAUGAUGACCCUCAAUGACGCACCAAUCAAGUGCUGCGACAUCUUUAAAGUCUUACCUGACCAACACAAAGACAUCAGAGUGGUUCUGAUGAACGGCGUCGCUGGUGUUGGAAAAACCUUCUCAGUGCAGAAGUUCACUCUGGACUGGGCAGAGGGCUUGGAAAACCAAGAUAUCAGUCUGGUGAUUCCACUUCCGUUCAGGGAGCUGAAUGUGAUCAAAGAUGAGCAGUACAGUCUGCUCAUGCUGAUCCAUGUUUUCUAUCCAACAUUACAGCUCACAGCAGAGAUGCUUGCUGUCUGUAAAGUUCUGUUCAUCUUUGACGGCCUGGAUGAAAGCAGACUUUCACUGGAUUUCAACAACAGUGAGGUUGUGUCUGAUGUCACACAGAAGUCAUCAGUCAGCGUGCUGCUGACAAGCCUCAUCAAGGGGAAGCUGCUUCCCUCGGCCCUCAUCUGGAUAACUUCUCGACCAGCAGCAGCCAAUCAGAUCCCUCCUUCAGGUGUGGACAGGGUAACAGAAGUACGAGGCUUCACUGAUGCCCAGAAGGAGGAGUACUUCAGGACGAGAUUCAGUGAUGAAGAGCAGUCCAGCAGAACCAUCUCACACAUCAAGACAUCCAGGAACCUCCACAUCAUGUGUCGAAUCCCAGUCUUCUGCUGGAUCACUGCUACAGUUCUGGAGGACAUGUUGACUCCAGGCCAGAGAGGAGAGCUGCCCAAGACCCUGACUGACCUGUACUCACACUACCUGCUGGUUCAGACAAAGAGGAAGAAGAACAAGUAUGAUGAGGGACAUGAGACGAGUCCACAGGAGCUGACAGAGGCUGACAGGAAACUUCUUCUGAAGCUGGGAAGGCUGGCGUUUGAACAACUGGAGAAAGAAAACAUCAUGUUCUACCAAGAAGACCUGGAGCAGUGUGGUCUUGAUGUCACAGAGGCCUUGGUACACUCAGGAUUUUGUAGAGAGAUUUUCAAAAGAGAGAGUAUGAUCUUCCAGAAAACAGUCUACAGCUUUGUUCAUCUGAGUGUUCAGGAGUUUCUGGCUGCAGUCUACAUGUACCACUGUUACACCAGCAGGAACACAGAGGUACUGCAGGACUUCCUUGGAAAAGACUACAGUUACACAUCCCUGGAUGUCUUCCUGAUGGGAGCCUUAGACAAAUCCCUGGACAGCAAAAAUGGCCACCUGGACCUGUUUGUUCACUUCCUUCAUGGCCUCUCUCUGGAGUCCAACCAGAUUCUCUUACGAGGCCUGCUAAAUCAGACAAAGAACAGUUCAGAAAUCAUCCGGAGAGUCAUCAACAACUUGAAGGAGAAGAGGACCUACGUGUCUCCUGACAGAAGCAUCAACAUCUUCCACUGUCUGAUGGAGAUGAACGACCGCUCAGUACAUCAGGAGAUUCAAGAGUUCCUGAAGUCAGACAACAGAUCACAGAAGGAACUUUCUGCGAUCCACUGCUCAGCUCUGGCCUACAUGCUGCAGAUGUCAGAGGAGGUUCUGGAUGAGUUGGACCUGCAGAAGUACAACACAACAGACCAGGCACGACUGAGACUGAUUCCAGCUGUGAGGAACUGCAGAAAGGCUGUAUUGAGGGCCUGCAAUUUGUCAGAGAUCAGCUGUGCUUCUCUGGCCUCAGCUCUGAAGUCCAACCCCUCCCACCUGAGAGAGCUGGAUCUGGGUGACAACACACUGCAGGAUUCAGGGAUCAAGCUUCUGUGUGAUUUUCUGAAGAAUCCACUCUGUAGACUGCAGACUCUGAGGUUGAGGUAUUGCAGUUUAUCAGAGAUCAGCUGUGCUUCUCUGGUCUCAGCUCUAAAGAGCAACCCCUCCCAUCUGAGAGAGCUGGAUCUGACUGGAAACAAGCUACAGGAUUCUGGAGUGAGACUGCUGGGUGAAUUUCUGGAGAGUCGACAUUGUAAACUGGAAACUCUGAGAUUGUGGGAUUGCAGUUUGUCAGAGAUCAGCUGUGCUUAUCUAGUCUCAGCUCUGAAGGUCAACCCCUCCCAUCUGAGAGCUCUGGAGCUCAACUACAAUCACAAGCUGCAGGAUUCAGGAUUGAAACUGCUGUGUGGUUUUCUAGAGAGCCCACACACUAGACUGGAGACUCUGAGAUUGAGUUUCUGCAGUUUGUCAGUGGACAGCUGUGCUUCUCUGGUCUCAGCUCUGAAGUCCAACCCCUCCCAUCUGAGAGAGCUGCAGCUGAGCUCCAACAAACUGCAGGAUUCAGGAGUGAAGCAGCUCUGUGAUUUUCUUGAGAGUCCACAGUGUGGACUGGAGACUCUAAGAUUGAGGGACUGCAGUUUGUCAGAGAUCAGCUGUGCUUCUCUGGCCUCAGCUCUGAAGUUCAGCCCCUCCCAUCUGAGAGAGCUGGAUCUGAGCUACAACUACCUGCAGGAUUCAGGGGUGAAACUGCUGUGUAAAUUUCAAAGGAGGCCCCAAUGUAAACUGGAGACUCUGAGAUUGAGUAAAUGCAGUUUGUCAGAGAGCAGCUGUGCUUCUCUGGCCUCAGCUCUGAAGUCCAACCCCUCUCAUCUGAGAGAGCUGGAUCUGAGUCUCAACAACCUGCAGGAUUCAGGACUGAAGCAGCUGUGUGAUCUUAAGGAGAGUCCACGCUGCAGACUGGAGACUCUGAGAUGGUGAUGAUCUCAGUAAGAGUAUGAAUGAGCAUCCAGGAGUGUGUUGGGAGAGGAUCAGCUGUAUCCUGAUGAUCCAGAGAGGUUGAAGCAGCAGCUUGUGUGUCAAGAGGCUGUAAUGGGACCAUGCUA